UUCUCACAUUUGUGAACUCGGUUGUGUGUAUUCGACACAGUUGUCGCACUGUCUGCAUGAUGGCUUCUGUGUCGGUUGUGUAUGAAGUUUUCUCAAUAUUACUGCUACAAUGUAUCUCAUGUGAAGCUGAUGUACAGAACAACACAGUUAAUAUGACAACGUUGGAGUGUCCAGUGGAUGUGCCAGCUGGAUACGAGAUAAAAGGGAGUUUGGAGUAUAACACGUCACUAUAUUUCUCCUGCCAAGGAUGCAAUGGACAAGACACCUGGGGGGACUCAGAAUGUAAACCGGACGGCACGCGGGAUGAAGUUACAUUACCAAACUGUACAGUUUCGUGUCUAAACAGUGACAAGUCGUGUACAUCAGGGAUGGACGAACAAUGUUUGUUCUGGCCCGUAACGUCCUGGGAGAAAUGUGGACAGUCAUGUGAUACACCAGCGCUCUGUCACCGAGAAUCUGGAGAGUCUGACUGUCAGUGUGGCAUCUAUGCCAGGCACGGACGAUGUGAAAAGGAAGCUGACAUCCGGGACAAUGUCUGCCCUUACACCUGCUCCCUUAGGGCCAAUAUAACCUGUGGCGAUCCGAAUAUCCUCUUCCCUCACGCAGUGGCCUCACUUCAGACAACACCCCACUGGAUGGACUCGAUGUCCUUCAAGUGUGAGCCAGGCUAUAUGAACAUGGGUCCCUCCUCAUGGGUGGCCUGUAGUAUCUAUGGAACGUUGACUCUCAAAUACAAUGCUCAUGCACCACACUGUGUCCCGGAAAAGAUAUAUAGCAUGUUCAGAUACUCUCCAAAAUCGAUCCGUCUACAUAUCACGGAGACUUUUCCUGCUAAAUCAGGCUUCGAGUGCGCUGUUGCAUGCAGAGAAAGAUCGUCAUGUAUCUACUUCAUCUUUGAGAACAACACGUGUGACAUCUGCAAGCUGAAUAAGUGGACAAGCGGAGGAAUAGAGAUGUCCGGGAAGCAACUCUGGCAGAAAGUGUUACCGACACAGUAUUCUCGUGACUUUGCAACUCCCUAAGGUGUAUAUCCUUCGAUACCAAUUGAACCUUACACUGUGUCGUACCCUAACCAUAUCUGUCGAACCCUAACCAUAUUUUGUCGAACAAAAAUAAACUGUGGCAUGGCUUCUCAGUCGGUUACCAAUAUCAAAUUCGGCAUAAGUCCGGACUACUGCAAGCACACAUCCACGCACGCACGACAAGAAACCAACCAAAAUGCUGGAAAUGACAAAUAUGUUACACUUUGGAAAGAGUAAGCGAGUGAGUGUGGUUUUAUGCCGCUUACAGCAAUAUUCAAGCAAUAUCAUGGCGGGGUACACCAGAAAUGGGCUUCACACAUUGUACCCAUGUCGAGAAUCGAACCCGGGUCUUUGACGUGACGAGCGAAAGCCUUUAACACUAGGCUACGCGACCGCCCACAUCAUGGAGAGGAGACACGCACGCACGCACGCACGCACGCACGCACGCACGCACGCAUGCGCCUGUAUCUUCAUCACGUUGAUAAUAAAGAUUAAUACUUC